AUGGUUCUGCUGAUCUUGCGGCCUUCCUUGCGGGGCUCUACGGUGCGCUCUACGUCCGGCAUCACUCAGAGAGAUGGCAACGGGUCGUCACUCCGCGAAAGGCUGACUUCGAGGAGCUCAAGGAGCUUUCUGCCAUGGCCAUGGCGCAAUGGGUCGAGAUCUUCCGCCGCGAAAUGGGUGAUGCGGAGUUCGCCUAACGACGCCAAGCCGUCCAAGGCCAAGCUCGGGCGCGGAUUGGUGGUCACCUUUGUUAGCCUGGCGGUCGUUGUUGCUCUGACGACGACUCUGGUUCUUCCUCCCAGUUUCGGACUGAUUGCAUUCGGGCUGCAGUGGGGCUUCUUCCUACUACAGGGUUGGCCACAACGUUCCGAGAAGCUGUAUGAUGCCUCAGGCUCGCUGACACAUCUGUCGAUUAUUCUGGCGGGUCUCCUUCAUGAUCCAGUUCGGAGCCCUCGCCAGAUCCUUUUGAGCAUCUUCGCGAUCGUGUGGUGUACACGGCUCGGAACCUUUCUCUUCAACCGCAUUUCCCAAGACUCGAAGGAUUCCAGGUUCACGGAAUUGAAGGAGGAGUUCUGGUCUUUUUCCAUCGCUUGGAACUUGCAGGUAUUAUGGGUCUUCCUUCUUGAGCUACCAGUCAUGCUGGUAAACACGUCGCCUCAACCACCCACUGGUCUUUGGGAUGUGCUGGGCUGGUCGUUGUGGUGCUCUGGCUUUUUGCUGGAGGCUGUCGCAGAUGGCCAAAAGUUUGCCUUUCGAGGAGAUCCAUCAAAUCGGGGACGCUUCAUUACGACAGGUCUAUGGAGAUACUCGCGACAUCCGAAUUACUUUGGGGAAAUCUUGAUGUGGGUUGGUCUGUGCACGUCCUUCACAUCUUGUGUUUCUUCCACAGCUCAGCUGCUGGCCUGGAUAUCGCCUGCGUUCAAUGCACUUCUCCUCAUUUAUGUCUCGGGCGUGCCACUAUUGGAAAAGGCAGGAGCAAAGAAGUGGGGCCAGGAGCCGGAGUACCGACACUACAUGGAGAACACUUCUUGCAUCGUUCCAUGGCUUCCAGCUCCAGAGUAUCCCAGCAACAAAUCUGAGGCGGGGAGUGGAGUGUAG